UAUUUAAAUUUCUUUUAGUUUCAGUUUUUCAUAUUCAAAGCAUACUUAAAUGUACAUUUACCACUUACCGUUUAUCAAUCAUUCCUGAUUUAACUUUCUUAUAUUCUUUUGUGGGAAAAGCAUAAAAAAAGUGCGCUCUUUCGUAGGCUGCAUCUAUUUGUGCUUCUUGUGUUCGUAAUAGUAAGACAGUUUAAGUGACAAUGAACAAGAAUCUCACAGAUAUUUGUAUUUACAAAAGUAUAGAAGAUGUUCAAUCUAAGAAAUUUAUAUACAAUAAGUUGUUGCCUUAUGCAGAUGAAGUAGAGACAGAAACACAGGUUUUAUUAGCCGAAAUUAAAGCAAAUUUAGGGCGUGCUGUUAUGUUUAAUGAAAUAUGGCCAGGCUGCUAUGUAUGGGUUAAUAAAUUAGGCCAUUAUAUAAACAUGUAUGGAUUUAACUUCAGCAAAGAAGAUCACAUCUUGCUUAUAAAGUUAUUAUAUGAACUGGUUACAGUUUCAGAAAUGCCUACAGCUUCUACAUUUCAGUGUCUUGUUGCAUUACUAGUGUUGUUAAAAAAGAAGAAAUUUAUAUCUCCUGAUGAAUUGGAACUGCCAUGGCGACCUCUUUAUAAUAUGAUUCUUCGUAUAAUGAAAGCAAAAGAAAAUCGUCCUGAAAUGUACCAUAUUUGUCAUCUUUUUGAAAAUACAACAGAAUCACUUAUUAUAUAUGCAAAAGUUUAUUUUCCUUUAAGUGCAACACAGGAGAUAUUAGAUGAAUUAAGACCAACUUUAUGCCUCACUGAUGUCAUAAAAAUGUCUGAAAGUAUACAACUAUUACGGUGGUUUUUACCAGUACAAUUGCCUCCAAAAUACCAUUCAAUUGGAUAUCAACUAUGGUUUGAAGAAUUUAUGAAAAUAUGGGAAAUAUGUCACAAUGCACCAACAUGGGAAAAUAAAAUGAUGGACUUAAUGGCAGCAGUAGCUAAUUAUAACAUUGGAUAUAUUAAUUGGGAACCUUAUAUACCAUUGAUGUUCACUAGAUUUAUACGGUGCUUAAAAUUACCAGUAUCAUAUAAUAAAAUACAAAGACAUCAUGAAAUAGAUGCAAGUUCUAUAACAAUAUGGAUAGUAGCAGUUCUGGGAAAUGGUUCAAGUGCUCAAACAUAUCUUGAUAAGUUUUUAAAAACGAUAGAAACAUAUUUUCAUCCUGCUAAUAAUGGUUACUGGUUGAGUAUAUUAAAAGAGAUUCUUAUGAAGCUUUCAUUUUAUUUUAUUUCGCGUUUGCACAAAGAAAGGUAUGCUGAGCCAACUUGGGAAACUCCCAUUCCUGAAGAGUAUAAAUUAACUGAUAGUCAUGUUGAUGCAUUUGUCAAAAGUAUGUUGCCAGUAACUAUGGCAUCAAUAUUUAAUAAAUUAAGUGUUAAUCAUGCAUCACAAGCUUUACAAUAUCUUGCUACUAUGAGGCCCAAUUUGGUUAUUCCAUAUGUUUUGGAUAGAGUGUCUUCUACAUUGGAUUCUCUCACAAUAGAAUCAUAUAAAUUGAUUGCUACAUUAAAUUGUAUGGAAGCUAUAGCUAGGCCAAUGGCAGAAGGGUCUAAAAAUGUAAAUACAGACUAUACAUACCCAGAAGGACCAAGACAUAUUUUACCACUACUUUCUCUGCUUCUAUCUAGCAUUGAUCCAAAUAAUCCAGAAAAGUGCUUUUUAGCUUUCCGUCUUAUCUCAGUUUAUGCCUGUUUCAUACCUAUUGUGGAUACUUCUAAACCAAUCACAACAAUAGAUGAAGAAAAUAGAUUAGAUUAUGAAACAGCGUCUGGAUUUGAAGAUUUUGUUUUACAAUUUUUGGACAAGAUAUUUUCUUUCAUAGAUCACAGUUCUCUAGAAUUAGUUAGAUUAGAAAAUUCUGCUGGUGGCGAGAAAAGUAAAUUAGAAAAGGUCACAGAAACCGUUCUGUAUAAUGUGUGCAUGAUCCUGUUAAUGUAUAUUAAUGAUGCAAUAUUUAAAAAGGCUUUAGAUAAAUUAUGCACAUUUAUAACUGAACGUACACUCGAAAUUAAAGUUGCUGGGCAGUUGGCAGCUGGUUUGUGUCGAGUAUUUGCCCAAGUUAAUGGCAAAGAAACUUUGAGAACAUUAUUGCCUGUACUUUCACAAACUAUCUUAGAUAUCACGGGCGAAAGUAAUGAUAUUAUUAAGGAAGAACAUGUGGAUGAUCGUCUUUUAUAUGCAAUGUUGCUUUUAUCUGCAACUGUUACUACAACAGGGAACAAUUUACUACCUUAUAUAGAUACACUCACAACAGUUCUUGACCGUGUAGUGAUUUUAAACUCUAGAGAAGGAAACAAUUUAGCUUGUACAUUAUUAAGAUCAGUCCUUCAUUCAUUAUCUACUAUGGUACCAUAUCACUUUACAUCUACUGAUGAAAUAAAGUACUGGGGUCAAGUUCUGGAUAUUAAUAGCUUAGAUGUCAAAUGGUACAUUCCUGAUGAGAAAGAAAUGGCUGCAAUAAAUCGAAUAUUUUUAAGAUAUCUUAUUCCUGAAACAAGUAAAUUAAAGACAUAUUGUAAACGCUUGACCACAUUAAGGAGAGAAGAGUUACUGACUAGCUUAAAUAUUGUAAGCAGCAUUAUUGAAGGUUGUGAAUCUGUUUUACCUAUAUAUGAAGGAAAACCAUUAGAUUUAGUGAAAUCGUCUUUAAAAUGGCAACCUUUCAGGCCAACACUUGGCCUGAAACAUGAAAUAUUAAUGCCUAAUGGUAGUAACGUUAAACGUUACAUUGGAACACUUAUGUAUAAAUUGCAAAGUAUAAUACUUGAAAAUACAGAGGGUGAUACAAAAAGUUUAUUUGUUUUGAUAAAGAUUUGGGGCUAUCUCUUAUUAGGACCUGCAUCUGUUUCAACUAAUGUUUUAAAUUAUAGAAAUAUAAAAAGAGCACACAGAAUGAUGAAGGAUAUGUUAGUAAGAAAAAAGGGAAUAAUGGGAUCCUUUGUAUUACUAUGUGCAGAAGUUCAACACAAAACUCGAUCAUAUUUACAGUUUUUUAAUUUAACUGAAGCUCAUAGAAAAAUAAUGUUAAAAUUAUUUAGAUUGGCUACUAGUAGGUACUCUGACGUGCGAUGUCAAGCUCAACGCGUCCUUUUUCGGGCUUUCCAUCAUUUGACGUUGUCAUCUAGAAUCAUUAUUCCAAAAUUACUUGAAAUAUUGAGGGCGGAUCCGGAAGCAGAUCAUGAUGCGUAUAAGGGAGCUCUGAAUAUUUUAAUUGAUUCUCAAGAAACAAUUAUCGAACAUGAUUGGAAUAAACUGAGAGAUUUAUGGACAACUUUGGUACUUUCUAAACCAUGUGAGAAAUUAUCUAUAAUUCGCUUGAAAGAAGAUGUUGUGAAAUAUAUAAGUAAACAAUUUACAACGAUCGCUAUUACGUCUGAAAUACCGAAUACAUGUUUGGAAAUUGCAACAGCUUUAUGGAAGACUAGUCCUGAACCUACUUUACCUCAGCCCACAGAGGAUGAAAUUGUGGAAGGUUCAAAAAUUGCACAAGCAUUUAAUGAAAAUAAUUUGGCAUCUUAUAAUGGUUUAAUAAAUGAUCUCUUAAAUGCCCUUUUGGAAAAAAAUUUACAUUGGCGACAUCGUUUAAUGGCAAUAGACUUUAUUCGACAUUUAGUUCACCCAGAACAAAUUUAUCCACCAAAAGUAGUUCGUUACUUUGUAGGAGCAUUAAUACACGAUUCAUUAAGUGAAAGAAAUAUUGCUCUUCGUGUAGUUAUAUGUAUGUUGCAACAACAAAAAAGAGAACAUCCAAAGAUAACUAUUGAUCCACCAACAUCACCAGAACAAAAUGAAUCAUCAGAAAAUCAAUCUGUGAAGUUCAAACGAGGGCAAAGACCAGACAAUGCUUGGCUCCAAUAUAAUUUCGAAACUCGGCCCUUGACUGCAGAGCAAUGGGAUGAACCCAGAUUUAUUCAUAAGCCAUAUCUAGGAUAUUACACAUGGCCAAAAAAAAUUGAAAUGUAUGCGCCGACACCUCAACAACCAUGUCUAGAUCCAAAUGUACGAAAAUUAACAGAUCAUGAAAAAGAAAUCGAUCUCUUUUUUAACGAUUUGCAAAAUAUAAAAAAACUCAUAAAAUUUUAUAGUCUUGAAACAAAAAAGGACAAUGACAAAUUCAAUUAUUAUAAAUAUCGUCUUUUUAAAGCCCUUUUUCGUAAUCAUGGGAUAGUAUUCCUAAAAAAUUUUCUGCCACAUUUACAUGAGUUGGUGAAGGAUAAACAAGAAAGUAGUCAAAGGUGUGCAGCCGAGAUUAUUGCGGGAAUCAUUAAGGGUUCAAAACAUUGGCCAUUUAAUAUGGUUUGUGAAAUGUGGGAUUCUUUAUUACCAAUUAUAAAACUUGCCUUAAUUAAUAUGACACCAGAAACUCUUGAGGACUGGGUCCUUUGUUUUUCCACAGCUCAACAAUGUAGAGAUCCAAAUAGACAAUACUGGUUACUGGAGCAUUUGAUGGAAGAAAUUUUUGUUAGCGAAUCAGAAUCGUCUUUUAUUGAAUCGGGACGAUUGUUUAUUUUACAAACGACUCUUACUGAACAACUAUGGCGGGUUUUGGAGUUAUUACAACGUUUGUUGAAACGGGUAGAAGAUAGAUUAUUAGCAAAUCCAUUUGAAAACGUGAGAGAACGGUUAAGUUCUGUUUUAGUAACGGUGUUCACAAGUUUAAGGACUUCAAACAAUCAGUCAGCACCGCAAAUACAAGAUUUCUUAAAUAAAAUAGUGCCAAAAUUACAACCUCUUGUAGAUGAAAAUGCAACGAAAUUCAACAAUGAUGUAAAAGAUCUGCCUGCACAUGUAUCUAUUGUUAAAUCGAACGAUCUAAAAGAAAUAGGAAUAAAUGAAGAAGAGAAAGAAAGAGCGAUUCGAUUACUUAAGACAAUUUGUAAAUGGAUUGUAGAUAUGAAUCGUCCAUGGUAUGGUUUACCGCCAGAAUUGUAUCAAAUAUUUCCAAUCAUCUAUCAGAUGGAAAAUUGCGAAACAGACGAAGAAUUGAAACAGUCUUGUACAUCUGCUUUAACAAUAUAUGCACAAGCAUUCACAUUGCCAUGUAAUAUGCCAGUAGCUUUAGAAGCAGUAGAAAAAAUGUCAAAGCAUGUAUCUUGGUGGACAAGAUCUGCUUGUUUGGACUUCCUUCAAGCUUGGGUAUUUUACAACAUGUGUACAUUUUUAAGUAAUCCAUCAUGGGUCAAUUCUGUUAAAGAUAUAGUUUUACGUUUAUUAGAAGAUGAACGAGUUGAAGUAAGAAAAAAUGCUGGCGAAGUACUUAGCGGAUUAGUGCAUUGUAUGUUUAUACCCAAAUUAGAAUCUUUAUUGGAUGAAUUCAAGAAAAAAGCAAACAUUAAAUUAUGUAAAAAAGAAGCUUUGAAUAGUAAUAAGGAAGGAACAAAAAAGAAUCUAAAAGCUGAUGCUUUACGUAUUCGUCAUGCAGCUAUAAUAGGAAUGUGUGCAUUUGUACAAGCUCAUCCAUAUGAUAUACCAAAAUAUGUUCCUCCAAUUUUUGAACAUCUUCGUGCUCAUAUGAAUGAUCCACAACCUAUACCAAUGACAAUUAAAGAGACUUUGGAUGAUUUUAAAAGAACUCAUAAUGGAUGGAGGGGUGUGGAGGAGUAUAUGCAACAUUUCACAGAAGAACAAUUAUCUGUAUUGCAAGAUUUAAUAAUGCCACCAUCCUAUUAUGCCUAACAGAAAGUUAACAUUUUUAUUAUAUAGUAAAGAAUUUUUUAGUAAUAAUAAUAUAAAAGUCGUGUACAUGAUAUUUAACAAAAAAUGUAUUGGUAUUUCGCUGUGAAAAUAUACAAAAUAUAAUAUAAAAUAUA